CGCCGAGCCCCGCCCCCGGCCCACGUGGUGCGAGCGGCGCCGGCUUCCAGCUCCGAGGGCGGCCGAGCCAUGAGCGAGCCGCCGGCCGAAGUGCUCGCCUUCCUCCGCGAACACCCGAGUCUGCGGCUGGAGCCCGGCGCCGCUAAGGUGAAAUGCGCUCUCACCGGCCACGAGUUGCCCUGCCGUCUGCCCGAACUCCAGGUCUACACCCGCGGCAAGAAGUACCGGCGGCUGGUCAGCGCCUCUCCGGCCUUCGAUUACGCGGAGUUCGAGCCGCACAUCGUGCCCAGCACCAAGAACCCGCACCAGCUGUUCUGCAGACUCACCCUGCGGCACAUCAACAAGGUCCCCGAGCAUGUGCUGAGGCACACCCAGGGCCAGCGGUACCAGAGAGCUCUGCGUGAAUAUGAAAGGUGUCAGAAGCAGGGCGCGGAGUACGUGGCCGCCUGCCUCCUGCACAGGAGGAGGAGGAGGGAGGACCAGGUGGACGGCGCCGGGCCGCCUCGCCGGGGAGAAGCCUUCUGGGAACCUUCGUCCGGUGAGGACGGCGCAGCUGCGAGUGACAGUGAUGACAGCAUGACAGACCUGUACCCGCCCGAGGUGUUCACCAGAAAGGACCCGGGAGGGACUGAACACGGGGACGGCACUGAGGACUUUCUGACCGAGGAGGAGGACGAGAGGCCAAGGGGCCUGACGGAGACGGGCCCUGGGGGCGGAGAAGAGACGCGAGGGGACCAAGAGCCGGUCCUCAAGCGCCGGAAGAUAAAAUGCCAAGCUAACGUUUCGGAAGUAAACUAGAAGCCGAGGCUGCUUUGGCCUGACGGGGCCAGGGGCUGCCGCACGGACGCUGGGCUCUGCAGCCCGUCCGAGGGGACUCCGGGACGCACGCCGCAGGGGACCCGCGGGAGGGCCUUGUUAGGCCAUGGCCAAGGUUCCUUCGCCCUCAGGUCUGCAGGAGAUCCAGAGCUCGCUGGAGGCUGGGGGCGGGGGGGUGGCAUUUCAGGGAAGCCACGGGUGGACAGCUGGCCUGACUCGGGGGCGCCCCUCCGAGAGGACGGGGAUGGCUCACUAACCGGAGCUCCGUGUUCGUG